AUGGACCCUACUUCCGACCCUCCUGCCUCUAGCAACAUGUCCAGAGUACGUCGGCAUAGGGGCAACAUACCCUCCUUGCCGCAGACAAAGCACUGCCCCCUCUGUCCGGCGAAGUUCACCCGGACGACCCACCUUAACCGCCAUCUUCGAUCACACACCAAUGAAAGAGAUCACUGUUGCGAGCGCUGCCAAUCACAGUUCACGCGUAGCGAUCUCCUAACUAGACAUAAACGAACCUGUGGCGAUCCUGUUCUUGCCAAUCGCUCUCGUCGCAAGUCGUGCGAGGCGUGCGCCGAGUCGAAGAUCAAGUGUGAUUUGGAGCAGCCGUGCUCAAAAUGCGUGUCUAGAGACCGCGAAUGUAUUUUUAUCAACGACCCAAAGCAGUCCUCCAACAACUUGAAGCCGAGACGUUCACGGAGCAAAGAAGCAGAAAUGUCACCCCCAGCACUUACUCUCGUUAUAUCAGAGGACGACGUCGUGCCUUCUGCGUCACCCACUUCGUCCCCGGCCACAUCGCCGGAGGCGUCUUCUUCUAGGCUUUCAUCUCCGCUAUCUACGCUGUCUUCGCUUUCUUCGGAUUUGGUAAGCGCUGAAGCUCCAAUGCGCCUUUGCCUUGAGGGCUUGGACGGCGUGGCUCCGCCCGGCCAUGCCGACUUCAGCAAGUUAUUCCCUGCCCCAUUUUUCGGGGCCUCUAUCAACGAUCUCCUUUUUGUCCAGCCUAGUGAUACUGCUAAGGCACGAGAGGCCUACUCGUUUAUGGCGUCUUACCCAUUUUACGCAAACGCUAUUCCCACUCAUUUCUACAGUGCAGAUGAAGGUUUGGCGACAACUUUGCCACCAGGUCCGAAUGGACCAGCCUUUGGUGCAGUUCCAUCAUUGCAGUCCGAGUCACAUAACUCAGAUGCGCUUGCGUCUGGCCCUAAGGGGCCGUCGGAGCAAGAAUUACAGAACUACAUGUAUUUAUUCUUCGCGGAAUUCUUGACUCAAAUACCAGUCAUACACUCCGCUACCUGGUUGCCUGAUGGGAAGCCACCCAUCUUGCUCCUAGCGAUGCGAGCAUGUGGCGCCCUGUUUUCGGACACCCCCACUGCUCAGGAUUUCAUCAGUGAAGCGUUGCGAUCAUCCAGAGAAGUGCUUAUUACAGAGUUUUCCAGCUCGAGAGAGGCAACCGACGAACAAACUCAUCUCAUAAUGGCUGUGACCCUACUGCAGACAGUGGGCCUAUUCCACCAGCGGCCUGACCAGAGAACUUCAUCGAGCAUAUACCAUGGGAUGGUGGUUAUGAUGAUACGAAGGAGCGGCCUAAUCGAGCAGAACGUCGCCUGGCCUGUGCCUGACUUCAACGAUCCAUAUCAGGUUGAGGAUGCUUGGCGAUCUUGGGCGGCGCAUGAGAUGAUCAAAAGCAGAGCGUUGUUGCUUUCGUACCUCCACGAUUGUUGUCAAUCAAUCUACUUCUCUCUAGCUCCGUCAUUCUCGCCUGGGGAGAUACGGCUCCAUCUCCCGUGCGAUGACCCUUUGUGGAAAGCACCGUCAGCUCAGGAGUGGCAAGGCCUUCUGCAGGCGCCCUCUUCCGCCAUCUCCCCCAUCGACCGGCUCACUGGCCAGAGCCUCCAAUGCACAAUCGCUAACUUGGGCGAGAUGCGUCGGCCUCCCAGUGCCAUGGUCUCUGACCGGUUCUCCCUCUUCAUCCUUAUUCAUGCUAUUCUGGGCGACAUGUACGCCGCGAGCCUGAGACCGUCAACGCCAACAUCGUACCUAGCCCCCAGCAAAGAAAACCCCUUCGCCCUGCAAUCCGCGCUGCACGGCUGGAUGCAAUGUUGGAUGAAUGAUGCGAGCAUCGCAGACCUCGGAAGCGACGCGCGGUUCAUGUUCAACCCUCUGCCAUUUUACUGGCUUGCCCAGAUUUCUUUGACGUCUUUACAGCAAGGGCUUCCUCCUCUGGCAGCGGAGAGCUACGGGCGUACAGUCGAAGCCUCCUUCAGGCUGGUUAAGAGGUGGCUUUGGCGUAUCCGCGCAUUCCUGCGGCAGGGAGAUCAGCAACCACCGGCUGGAGUUCUUUGGGAAGAACUCAUGAGGAUUCGCACGGAGACUUGGCGGAACGAGGUCGGGGUGGAUGUCGGUCCCGAAUCUGAAUCCGAGGGACUGAUGGCUUUCUUCGCCAAAGACUAG